GCACUUAUAUUAUUCAAAUAAUUUUAUAUUUUACUUAACUGGGACACAUAGUGUAGAUCUAACUAAAAGAAAAUAAUAACAGAAAAGAAAAAGAAAAAAAGAAUGGUAACGCCGACGCGAUAUCGAUGUGAAAUCACGCAAAUAUAGAGAUCCGAUACCAGAAAUAUCAAUCGAACCUCAAAAGCUUUUCUGAUAGUCCAUCGUCGUGGAAACCCUAACGACCUCAAUCUGACCGCCGAUUUUUUCUCACUUCACUUCCGGAUCUACAAAUGGUUUGGUGAUAAACAUUGCAGCAUAAGUGAUUUCGGUUGAUUGAAGUUUGGGAAUCGUAACUGCUAGUUAGCUACUUAGUUAUACAUUCUCAACGUUAGACAAUGGCUUUGAAAUUCAUCUCUAAAAGGACUUAUUUGGUUCUUUUCACCUAUGCGGUUUUUCUCGGGCAUCUCUGCACCGGUUUUUAUUUGCCUGGAAGCUACAUGCGUACAUACUCAACAGGUGAGGAAAUACUCGCUAAAGUCAACUCGUUAACAUCCAUCGAAACCGAGCUUCCAUUUAGUUAUUACAGUCUACCAUACUGUACUCCCUCUGGCGGAGUAAAAAAAAGUGCCGAAAAUCUAGGAGAGUUACUCAUGGGAGAUCAAAUCGACAACUCACCCUAUCGUUUCCGAAUGAACGUCAACGAGUCUGUUUUCCUUUGCACUACACAUCCAUUGAGUGAGCAUGAAGUAAAGCUUCUAAAACAAAGAACACAUGAUUUGUAUCAAGUUAAUAUGAUUCUCGAUAACCUACCUGCAAUGCGGUUUGCAAACCAGAACGGUGUUAAAAUCCAGUGGACAGGGUUUCCGGUUGGAUUUACGCCUCCUGGAAGUAAGGAUGAUUACAUUAUCAAUCAUGUUAAGUUCAGGGUGUUCGUACACGAGUAUGAAGGUACCGGUGUGCAGAUAAUCGGUACGGGUGAAGAAGGAAUGGGUGUGAUAUCAACUUCCGAUGAUAAAAAGAAGGCUGCCGGAUACGAGAUUGUCGGUUUCGAGGUUUUCCCGUGCAGUGUUAAGUAUGAUCCUGAAAGAAUGGCGAAACUCCAUCGAUAUGAUCAAGUGGAUUCGGUAAACUGUCCGUUAGAGAUGGAAAAAUCUCAAAUAAUAAGAGAACAAGAAAAAGUAUCGUUCACUUAUGAAGUUGAGUUUGUGAAAAGCAACGUGAGAUGGCCGUCGCGUUGGGAUGCGUAUCUGAAAAUGGAAGGUGCUCGUGUCCAUUGGUUCUCAAUUCUCAACUCGCUAAUGGUGAUCUUCUUUUUAGCGGGUAUUGUUUUCGUUAUAUUUUUACGAACCGUGAGACGUGAUCUUACGCGAUAUGAAGAAUUGGACAAAGAAUCUCAAGCGCAAAUGAACGAAGAGUUAUCGGGAUGGAAACUCGUUGUCGGUGAUGUGUUCCGUGAGCCAAAUCACUCGAAACUUUUAUGCGUGAUGAUAGGAGAUGGAGUACAGAUUACGGGAAUGACAGUUGUCACGAUCUUAUUCGCUGCAUUUGGGUUCAUGUCACCCGCUUCACGAGGCAUGCUUUUAACGGGAAUGAUAAUUCUUUAUCUUUUCUUGGGAACCGGAGCUGGGUAUGCUGGAGUUUAUUUAUGGAGAACGAUUAAAGGUACUUCAGAAGGAUGGCGAUCGGUUUCAUGGUCAAUCGCAUUUUUCUUCCCGGGUAUUGUUUUCGUGAUUCUAACCGUAUUAAACUUCAUUCUCUGGGGUAGUAACAGUACCGGUGCGAUUCCCAUUUCGUUAUACUUCAUACUUUUAUCGCUUUUGUUCUGCAUCUCGGUCCCACUCACUCUCUUAGGAGGGUACCUAGGGACCCGUGCUGACCCGAUUCAGUUCCCGGUUCGAACCAAUCAAAUCGCUAGAGAAAUCCCCGCACAAAAAUACCCAUCGUGGUUACUGGUUAUCGGUGCCGGAACUCUUCCUUUCGGGACACUUUUUAUUGAGCUCUUUUUCAUUCUUUCUAGCAUCUGGCUAGGAAGAUUCUACUAUGUGUUCGGGUUCUUGCUUGUGGUUCUUAUGUUGUUGGUUGUCGUGUGUGCUGAGGUGUCGGUUGUUCUAACCUACAUGCAUCUCUGUGUUGAGGACUGGCAGUGGUGGUGGAAAGCGUUCUACGCUUCUGGUUCUGUCUCUCUUUAUGUGUUCUUGUAUUCCAUGAAGUAUUUGGUUUUUGACCUUCAGAGUUUAAGUGGGCCCGUGUCGGCUAUACUGUAUCUCGGGUACUCGCUGAUUGUCGCAAUUGCAAUCAUGUUGUCUACUGGCACCAUUGGGUUCAUUACAUCGUUCUUAUUUGUUCACUAUUUGUUCUCCUCGGUGAAGAUCGAUUAAAGGGUUGGUUGUGCAAAGUUUUAUAGGCAGGCAGGCUUCAGUUUCGAAUCUGACAUGUGUUCAUCUUUGAAGGCCUAUAAAUUUUUCGGCUUAUUGAAGAUUAGACGAAUAUAUUUUGUUUUCUGUUUUAGUUUUCUAUGACUUGUUAUAAUUGCAAGCUCUUGUUUGUUCCAACAUUUGAAGAAAUAGCUGUUAUAUGAUUUCUUAAGUUGAAUAUGUUGCGAGUUGUGUGAAAGCAUUCUUAAACUG